AUGUCUUCACCACCGUCGACGCCAUCGAGGCCGACGCGGGUGCGCCAGUACGGCACGCUGGGCCACCAGCCACUCAAUUCAUCACCGCUCGCGUCCUCGGACGGGUCCUCGCCAGCCUCCUCGCCCGGGGUACCUUCAUAUGCGCGGCGACGGGCGCAGUACAAGUCCACUGAGCACCACUCCGUCAGCUCUCCGUCAGCUUCACGAAGACACUCGCAGCGGCGGCACGUCAAGCUCGGCGGGGACCUCUUCCAGCCAAUGACCGUUCAGGCGUCCACCUCCACCUCGGCCGUUCCGACGGAGGAGGCCCCGCGGAAAGCAUUCCUGCGGGAGCGGUUCAAGGCGCGGUGCGUGGAGCGGGCGCAGCGGGAUCGUGAGCGGAAGAUCAAGGGGAGACGGAACGCUAUGAGCGAAGCGAGCGACGAGGAUGAUAUGAUGGACGACGAGGGAGAGGAGGAGAUGAUCAACGAUGAAUUAUUCCGCAGGCUGGUCGCGAGCGGGAAGCGGAAAGAGCAGCAUGCGUACCGCGUCUCGUACCAGCGUGACGUUGGCUCGUCUUUUGAUCCUGUCCUGGAAGAAACGGCUGAAUGGGAGUACGAGGUUGAUGACCCGCAAGAUUCCUCUAACCCGUACGACCUGGAGGAUGAAGAGCUCGCAGCAUACGCGGAGGAGUACGAUCUGCAUCUCGAAGACCUCAAUCCGGAUGACCUCUUCACCUACAGUGAUCUUGAUGAUUAUCCUUUUCCAGAAGAGGACAUGACUGCAGCUGCACCAAAUCAGGGCAGCGAGCAAGCAGAGGCCGCAGAUUCUGCUCAGGAUGUCGACGUCGAGAUGAUGAUGUAA